GUCAUGUGACGCGUCACGCUCCUCCUCUCCCGGAGCCGGCUCCGACACUUGGAUUUCCACAGUGAAUCUCAAGAUGAUUUCUUAUCCCCGUGUCCUCCUCUUUGGAGAUUCGAUUACUGAGCUUGCCUUUGAAACAAAUGGUUGGGGGGCUACCCUAGCAAAUAAGCUUGUACGAAAAUGUGACGUCCUGAACCGUGGCCUGUCAGGUUACAACACCAGAUUGGCUAAACCCAUUCUACCAAAACUCAUCCCUGACAGUGCCCGUGCCGCAGACAUUGCUGCCGUUACCAUUUUCUUUGGCGCUAAUGACAGUUCUAUAAGAGAGCAAAAUCCUCAAAAGCACGUUCCGCUGGAAGAAUACACAGAGAAUCUGAGAAGCAUGGUUCAGUAUUUGAAGAGCGUCAAUAUCAAGGAGGAGAAAAUCGUUCUGAUCACGCCGCCGCCGAUUCACGAACCAACUUUGGAAAAGCAUUGCCUCACAAACGGAUUCAAGCUAAACCGUCUGAACGCCGUGACCGGGGCGUAUGCCAGGGCCUGUGCCAAGGUUGGCGUUGAGUAUGGAGCAGAUGUUGUGGAUUUGUGGACGCUGAUGCAGGAAGGUGGCUCGGACUACGCAGUGUAUUUGUCAGAUGGGCUCCAUUUAUCAGAGGAAGGCAACCAAUUCCUGGAGUCCAAGCUGUGGCCUCUCUUGGAGAAGAAGUUGGGGACCCUGCCUUUUAUCUUACCUUAUUGGAAUGAUGUGGACAAUAAUAACCCAGAAUCCUCUCUUUUCCAAAACAUCACUGAAAAGAAAGACUAGUGAUCCACUUCACCAAACCAGGUUCUACCUUAGAACUAGGGAUAUAGGGGUGUCCAAUGCUGCAUUUGUGGACAGGAUCACUCUCCGUGGUUACAGAACAUACAGUCUAUAUGGACGACGUUAUAGCAUCAGAAUUAUCCAUGUAGCCUGUUACAUACACUAGACUUCUAUGCACAAUGCAUUCAGAAAGUCUUCAGACACUUUCAUUUUUUUCACAUGAUGUUAUGUUUUGGCCUUGUGCUAAAAUAAAAAAAAUAAAAAAGGGUUCUCCAUCAUUCUGCACUCAAUACCCCAUAAUGAGAAAGUGCAAACAGAAUUGUAAAAUGUUUUGCAAAUUGAUUUAAAAGGAAUAGCUUAAAUUUCACCAGGACAUCUGUUGAGACCCUUUGCUAUGAUACUUGAAAUUUAGCUCUGGGGACCUUCCAUUUCUCUUGAUCAUGUUUGAGAUGUUUCUACACCUUGAUUGGAGUCAACCUAUGGUAAAUUCAGUGCAUUGGAUAUGAUUAGGAAAGUCACAACCCUGGCAAUAGAAGGUCUCACAGCUGACAAUUCAUAUCAGAGCAAAAAACAAGCCAUGAGGGGAAAAAGAACUGCAUGUAGAGCUCAGAGACAGGAUUGUGUGGAGGUACAGAUCUGGAGAAGGUUACCAAAAUUUCUGCUGCACUGAAAGUUCCUAAGAUCACAGUGGGAUCAAUAAUUCUUAAAUGGAAGAAGCUUGAGACAACCAUGACUCUUCCUAGAGCUGGCUGCCAAACCAAACUAAGUAAUAGGGAGGGAAGGGCCUAGGUGAGAGAGGUGACCCAAUGGUCACUCUGGCUGAGCUCCAAAGAUCCUGUGUGCAGAUGGGAGAAACUUCCAGAAGGUCAAGCAAAGUACAGAGAUAUUUUUAAUGAAAACCUUAUCCAGGAUGCUGUGGACCUCAGACUGGGCCGAAGGUUUACCUUCCAACAAGACAAUGACCCUAAGCACACAGCCAAGACAACACAAGAGUGGCAUAGGGAAAACUGUGGGAAUAUUCUUGAGUGGCCCAGCCAGAGCCCUGACUUGAGCCCAAUUGAACAUCUCUGGAGAGACCUGAAAAUGGCUGUCCACCUAAUGUCCUCAUUCAACCUGACAUAUCCUGAGAGGAUCUGCAGAGAAGAAUGGCAGAAAAUUCCCCAAUUCAAGUGUGCAAACCUUGUGGCAUCAUACCCAAGAAGACUGGAGGCUGUAAUCACUGCCAAAGUGGCUUCAACUACCGUAUU